AUGACCAAAAAUGACGCGGCCAGUCGUUUAACAGCGAACAACUAUCAACUGUAUGCAUUAAGCCCAUUUAUCACCAUUUCCUUCUGGUUUGAAAGUUUAAAAAUUUUUAUCCCAAAGCAUGACCCAUCAAUUAAAACCAUGAAAACUGUUUUUCUAGCAUUCCUUUUUAAAGCUUCAGCUUCGUCUUUUGUCGACAUUAUGGCUCAGUUAAGAAGGGGAGAAAUGACGGAUGCUGUCAUAAAACAAGACUUUAUCCACUGGUUUGGCAGGCAUCUCCACGAAUCUUCCAAACAAGUAGCAACCGAUCUCAACUACCUAAAUCAUAUUAUUAUCACAACCAGAAAUAAGAAAUUUAUCAAAGGGAAGCAUGCAAAAGAAGAAGUAAUGAAAGAAAUUGAAAAAGCCGAAAGCGUCUCUGCAAUUUUUGAUAGAAAGUUUGGAAGCCCUUCUGCUUUUCCUUUACUACUGUGCAAAAUUAAGACAUUAAAGGUCAUGUAUCUAAAAAAUGUAGCUAUUCCUUCUUCCUUGGAGAAGUACACUGAACUUAGCAAUUUAGAAGAGCUUGAGCUGCAUUCUUGUGUCAUUGCGAACCUUUCUUGUCUCCUUCCUGCCAAUUCAAAGCUCAAAAAGUUGAUCCUUCAUAGCUGCUAUAUUCUACACUGCACUAUUGAUGUGAGUCGCACACCAAAUCUGGAAACCUUGGUGAUCAACCAUACAAAUAUGUACGAUAUUAACAAAGACAUCUUCAUGCUGAAGAAUCUAAAGAAGAUUGAUUUAAAGGACAACCACCUGUCUGCUCUUCCCGUUUUUGAUGACAAAGAUGCUUUGACCACAGAGGAGCUGAUCCUUACCCGCAACAUUUUUGAGAAAUUUCCGUCAAAUAUUAACUCGUUCAAGAAGCUAAAGAAGCUUGAUCUGAGCAAGAAUAUUAUCCAAAAAUUCGAAAAGGACUUUGAAUUUGACGAGUCUUUGGUUCUUGAAGAGUUGAACUUGGCUGAGAACUUGGUUAAGGAGCUGCCAAAGAAUCUUGAGAAUCUUCAAAAAGUCAAAUCCAUCAAUCUUUCAUCCAAUCUGCUGACCAAGAUUGAUCCAGAAAUCUUUAGGUUCCAGACUAUUGAAAAGCUCAACCUUUCACUGAAUCAGUUAGAGUUUAUAGAUGAAAGCUUGCCUAUGAUUCCGCGAGAGAUUUUUAAGUUUACACGUAUGGUUUCGGGAAAUACUCCCGUGAAUUUAAAGGAGUUGGAUCUCAGCUACAAUUCUCUACUGGCACUGCCAAACUCCAUUAGUUCUUUUGUUUCCUUGGAAAAACUUAAUAUUGAGGGCAAUCAAUUUAAAUCCAUACCUGAUCAGGUGUACAAUUUGCUCAAUUUACAUGUGUUUAAUGCCAGCUUCAACAAGAUCAGAGAAAUCCCAUCUUGGCUGGCACGGUUACCCUAUCUCUACGAGUUGAACUUGGCUGGUGGAACAAAUUCCCGCAUACCCACGGGUCCUACAAACGAAAUCACAAAAGUCCCGAUGCUACUUGUAGAUAGACAGUCCAGGAAAGUUAUUAAGAUUACACUGAAAGGCAAUCCUAUCCAGGAUCACUCUACAAUUAACAGCUAUGGCAAGAUUGAUCUUAUAAGAAACUACAGGAGCUGGAUUAUUUUUUAA